AUCGCAACGUCGUCUCGAAUCUCCUCGAUCGACGCUCGGCAACAAUGGCGACAAUUGCAAGCGGCUUGCGGCAUGCAAGAUGCGCAAGCUCGAUUGCCGCAGCUCAAUGGCGGCCGGCAAUCCUCCCGCGGUCCAGCUUUCAACUCGCCAUCCGGUCUAUAACCAGCGACUCUCAAAAGCCUCCCAGUCUUGAACUUGAAGCCGCCGAGUCCGUCCCGAUCCCAUACCAGGGCGUUACGCAUGCGCGAGUCGUUCCGGCAACGCCAUCUUAUUUCUCAAGAGAACCCCAGUUCAACGAUUUAUACAUUGGAAUUUCCAAGCUGCUCACCAAGUACAACCACCUGCCCACGGUGCCGCCAAGUGAGGCUCCGCAGAUGCCAUGGACAAAGCUGGAGGAGAUGCGGGCGCAGAUGGGAGAGCCUAUCAAGUCAUCACACUAUGCAAAGGUCAUGCGGGUGGCCAAGCGCUUGAACCUCAUCGAGCCCAGCCUGCGGCCGCAAGAGGUCAAGGUGGCUUUAACGGAGUUUACAAGAGACAUCAACCCAUUCUUGAACAUGCCCAACCCUAUCACGAUUGACAAGUUCGGGCGUGCCGUCGGUGUAGGCAAGAGAAAGGAGUCAACUGCUCGCGCGUUUGUCGUGGAGGGAACUGGAGAGAUUCUAGUCAACGGCAAGACUCUGAGCGAGGCGUUUGGCCGCGUGCACGACCGUGAGAGCGCAGUCUGGGCACUCACUGCCACGGAGAGACUGGACAAGUACAACGUCUGGGUCUUGGUUGAGGGAGGCGGCACGACCGGGCAGGCUGAGGCAAUUACCCUGGCCGUGGCGAAGGCGCUGGUCGCUCAUGAGCCGGCAUUGAAGACGGCUCUAAGAAGAGCUGGCUGCAUCACACGCGAUCCCAGAACAGUGGAGAGGAAGAAGCAUGGACAUGUCAAGGCCCGAAAGAUGCCUGCCUGGGUCAAGCGAUAGAAGCUGCACGGGCCUGGAUUUCCCGCGGCGUUUGUAAGCUCGGCUAGGCGAGAUUACGCAGGACGCCUGCUUGAGAGCGAGCCUAAAGGGCGCUUAUCUCUCUCUCUCUGCCUCUAUUCCGAGGAGCGACAUUGUAUCAUCUACAAAAUCUGUAUUUAUAGAACCCUACCUUACCUAGACAUUUGCUACUUGGGGACAUUUGGGUUAUCGUGGCCCAUGCCGAAGCAUUCAAUGUUAUAAUGAAGUAUGACCAGCACAAGUACGUCGUAGUCGCC